ACAUAACUAACUAGAGAGUGGUAGUAAGUAACAUCUCCAAAGAUUCUUCGGGUGUCGAGAGGGAGUAGUGUAAAAGACGCCAAUGGUACCCGCCAGCCUUCUAGUACCAUCUUUGACGAUGUUCGGUAUAGUGAACGCGAGGAUGAAAAAUCCAAAGAACUUAUCGUGGUGCCUAUUGUUUUUGUGCACGCUUUUCAAAUAUUCUCAAGCGCAGAUAGUCGGAACACACACGUUCGCACCCAACGCAGACCGAACCAGUCGACUUUCACCUCAACAACAAGGGCAGAUACUUAGUGAUAUUCAACAACACCAACAUAGAUUUGAUUUAUCACAGAACAGACAAAAUUUUCAACCUCAGCACUUUCAAAGCAGCCAAAAUCUUCAAACAGCACAAAGGUUCCAACCUUUUGUAAAUCAACAACAGCUCGUAUCACAAAGCCCACUAUCUACGAAUACUCAAGAGAAUUUUGCUCGAAAUGAGUUUUUAAACACUUUACCCCUACUAAAAUCGAUACCUUCUAAUGUAGUCCCAACACCACAACAAACCUUCCAACAAAUAUCCCCGCCAACAGCUCAAACAGCGUCUAGUCAAGUUGUAUUUCCAAACCAACAUCAACAACCUACCGAUACUCCUAAAAUUGUUCAGCACCACACACAAACCAAUUUUUUACCAGCUAGGCAGUUAAUUUCAUUUGGACCGCAAUUUGUUCAACCAAGACCAACACCGGAUCCAUUGGACGUUAUUGAUCAGCAAAUUAAACAACUUGAUCCAGAAAAAAACAAACAGCGAAUCAAGGAGUUAAAGGAGAAACAAUUAAUAAUAGAAAAACAUAACCAAUUCGUUGAAAAGCAAUAUGAAAAAGCACUUAAAAAAGCACAGGAAGAACAUCAAGAUUUUAUCGAUAAACAAAGAAAUCAAAAGAAACAAUUGUAUCAACGACUAUAUAAAACAUCUUCCUCAGAACCACGUUCAUCUCUGACAGCACCAAGAUUGGUUUAUCCAGAGGAAGUUAAUUUAUUUGAACAAGCAGUUAAACAAUAUUACAUUCAAUACCCCACUACAACGACUACCACCACUACUACUCCUAAACCAACUACCACGAAGAAAAUAGAAAAAUUACUUCCAGGAGUAAGUUUUUUGCCAACUGCUCUACCCCAAUCUAAAGUAAAAACCAUUCAAUCCCUGGAUGAUUUAGAUCAACUCCAAAAAGAAUAUAAAUCGCAGAGGAUACGUAAAGAUGAUCUACUAGAGCAACUUAGGUUAGCUAUUGGUAGAAAUUCCGAUGAUGAAAGUGGAAAAGUUUUGUCUUCCAGGGAAAUAUCUUUAGCUAAUGGGAAAAAAAAUUCAACUAAUACCUGCCGAUGAUCAAACUAAACUUCCAAGAGGAAAAGAAGAAGAAAUAACUUUACCAGACGGUAAAAAAGUUACAGUCAUUCGAGCUGAUGAUCCCGUUAAUAAAAGUGAUGAAGAAGUAACUUUACCGAGUGGCCAUCAAGUCAAAAUUAUUAGGACCACUGAUCCUAAUGCUAUACCAAAUAUAUCAAAAGGCUUUGGCGAUAUUUCUCAAGAGAUUACAUUACCAGAUGGACAAAAAGCACAACUGAUAAAAGCUAGAAAUCCAAAUUCAGGUUCCCCUACACCAAUAGAAGAAAUAGUGCUCCCUAACGGUCAAAAGGUUGAGCUGAUUAGGACAUCAGAUCCUAGUUCAGUACCAGAUGGUGUUAUGGUAGAACCUGGCAGUGAUUUAGAAAAAUUAGUUUUUUCAAGAACAACUACCACAACUGAAAAACCUCCAAACGAAAUAUUAGACGAACUUACUAAAAGCGUGCCUUCCUCAAAUUUUGAACUAUUAAAAACAGGUGCUAGUGGAGGUUUAGAAAGUAUAGGUAAAAAUUUACCCAACCAGAAAAAGGUAACAUUUGUUCUUUUAGAAGAACAAAGUGAUGGAACUUUAAAAGUUCAAGGAGUUAAAGGCAAUGAUAAGGACAAAACAGUUGACGUAGAUGCUAUUUUGAGCAAGAUAAAAAGAGGUGAGAUAAAAUUACCUGAUAAUCUAAAACAACCAACAAAAACAACAACUAAAAAACCUGAAGUUAUUUCAACCACUUUGAAAACAAAUUAUUCUCCCACAUUAAAACCAGUUUAUGCUACCAUUACACCAAAUUCUUUUGCCACUGAAGAACCAAAUUUUUUCCAGCAUACUCAAACUUACGAAAACGAGGAAAGUGAUGUACCCGCUUUACAAACUAACAUAGGAACCAAAAUAAUAGCUUCUUCUACUCCAGCCACAUAUUUUCUUUCUAGCACAACAACUGAACAAAAAAAGUCUACUCGGACUCCACAUAUUUUAAACAAUGCUGCAAACGACUUACUUAAUCAAGCUUCCACUGUUCAAUCAGCUCCCAACAAGAAUUUAUUAACCCCUAAUCCUACAGAAAUCACAGUUCAACAAAGUGUCUCUCCAAUAAAUCUAUUUCCCAUUCAAGAAACCUUUAGCUCCCCGGAAAAUCAAAAACAUUCAUUCGAGCUACCAGAAAUUUUAAAGAAGAAUAAUUUGUUUGCAAUGUCGAAAUUUUUAAGACAGUCAGGUUUGGAUACCAUUUUAAACGAAACAGGCCCGUAUACAGUAUUCGUACCCACAGACAAGGCAUUCAGGACUUUAUUAAUUCAGCUUGGAGGACCUGAAAAAGCCGAAGAGAAGUUUAAGGAGAAUCCAAGACUACUCAGUGGGCUUUUGUUACAUCAUGUUAUACCAGGGGCGUUCAAAAUCAGUUCGCUGCAAGACGAAAUGACCGGAGUUUUCAUUAGCAGGUACACAGUUACGUGUAAAUCAGUACAGUAUGCACGAUAAAGAAUGGAAUGAUAUAAAGAUAACAACCAUAAAUGGAGCCAAAAUUCAAGAAGAAAGUCAGGACAUUGAUAUACCGCAAGGAGUUGCACAUGCUAUAGAUAGAGUAAUGUUCCCACUACCAGUAGGAGAUAUAGUUCAGACACUUCAAUCAGAUAGAGAACGAAGAUUUACUAGUUUCUUGAGAGCUAUUUUUGCAUCAGGAUUAGACGAAAUGUUACAAGGAUCAAAAAUAUUUACCCUCUUAGCGCCCACAGAAAAAGCAUUUGCUGGAUUAUCUACAGAAGAUCUCAGCAAAUUGGUAACGGAUAAAGUUCUAGCAAGGGAACUAGUACUAAGGCACCUCAUAGCAGGUACAUUGUACACAAACGGUAUGAGGUACUACCAGAUUAAAGAUAGCCUUUUGCAAGACAGACAAAUUACUUUUAGUAAACAAUCAGGUAAAGUGAAAGUGAACAACAACCUUCUAACUACACAAAAUAUACCAGCAACUAAUGGUGUCAUACAUGCGAUAGAUACUCUUCUUUAGACGUCUUUUUUUUGUUAUUUAUUCGGCAUUUUCUAUCAGCAAAUAAAGAAAAACCAACCAGUUCGGGAUAGCCGUUCCAUGAUCAAAACACGAAUGAAGAUAUUAAAUACCUAAUCAAUAUUAUCAAGGUUUUAGUGUUCAAAAAAAUACAUUCAUAAACCAACGGCAUUAUGUGAUUACUAUUAUUAAUUAGCACUCAUUGGUUUUUAAAGGAUACUCAGUUUUAAAUAUAUCACACAUAAGAUAUAUUGAAAGUAUGAUUAGAACACUGUUACAAUAGACAAAAAUGCUACCCUUGUUUUAGAAAAUAAUUUAUAAAAAAAGAUCUUUUUACUCUAAUAAGGUAGUCAUUAGUUUGUGUAUUUUAAAAUGUUUCAUUCAUAGAUAAUAAAAACCAGUAACGUACUUGACGUAACCUCUGUGGUUACAGAGCCAGUAGGAUUCUUCCUUGGCGUGAAGGAGAUCUGGUUUUUAAUCUCCGCUGAAAAAAAAUUAAGAGCUUAAAUAAAUAAGAUAACCGUAGAUACCGAAGACAAUGCUGCAAAAAACAUUUGUACUCAUGUGAAAGAUUCGCCAAAUCCAUAAUUUCCAUGGAUCUUGUAAAGAUGGACCACAUUUUUACAUUAGUGUCUACCUAGAUAAUACUUACAUAUAUUAGGGGCUUGUUAUUCGAUGUGGAUUUAAUCACUCUGGGUAUUAGCAGAGGAAUUAUGUACGUGCUUGCAUAUACUACAAUGUAACCAUGUAACGAAACUAUAAAUGAAAAGAAAAAAUAUUUUCUGAUUUACACGACAUUUUUUCUUCUAAAAAACAAAAAAUUAUUUUGGUUACUGAAUAUUAUGUAAAAGAAUUUAUGCAACAUUUUAAUGUUUUAAAUACCGAUUAAAUAAAUAAUAUGUAUGCUUUUAGAGCUCGUUUUAAAGUUAAACAAUGAAUAUCAUAUUAGAGUAAGUUGUAAAUAUUUUGGUGUCAUAGGCAUGAACUAUCUAUUAUUAUUCUUUUAAAUUAUAUUAUUUAAGUAUAUAAAAUAGUCUAAGGAUUUGUACAUUUAUUUGUAAUAUAUUAUUUUUAUUAGUUU